AUGGGUAUAGCGAGAGCGAGUCUGAUUCUUCUGGUUUUCGUGGUCGUUGUGGCUACGAGCGAUGAAGUAUUUGACAAAUAUUAUCAACCCUUAUGGGGAACUGAUCAUAUGAAUGUCACUGAUCAAGGCAAAGAAGUCCAACUUCGCAUUGAUACAUCUUCUGGGUCUGGAUUUAAAUCAAAACGAGAAUAUUGUUCCGGGGUAUUCAGAAUGCAAAUCAAGAUAUCGGAGAAGAUAACCGGAGGAGUUAUUACUUCUUUUUAUGUAAGGACAAACGGGACCUUGCAAACAAAUGUGUUCGCAAAUGAUGAAGGUCAUAGAGAGGAGUUGGUUAAACUAGGGUUUAAUCCUUCUGCAGACUUUCACACUUAUGAACUUAAUUGGAGUGCUAAGAAAAUAGUGUUCAAAGUGGAUGAUAAGACGGUAAGGACAUUCAAUUACCCCACGAAUUACAAAUCGAGGCCUUUGCAUGUGGAGGCGACCGUUUGGAAUGUAUCAUGGGCUGGAACUGUAGAUUGGUCUAAGGCUCCUUUUACAUCAUACUAUCGAGGGUUCUACAUUAAUGGAACUUCCUGCAAAUAG